CUAGUGUUCUCCCUUGUUCUCCACAUCUGUGUUGUUCUCCUCUGUUGCUUGUGUACAGCUGACAUACGUGCGAUAGACUGGUGGAUUAUUUCUUGGGAUGCCCCGUUAGUGUUUAGUCAACAAGUUAAUUUUUCGAGGUUUAUUGAAGUCAUUCAUUCGGGUUGUGAUCACCAACGAGAAUGGGUGUGCUGAGCAAUAUUCUCGUUGCGUGGGGAAUCAUCGUGCUGACGAGUGGAUACCAUCUACCUUCAACAGCUCGCGUCAACGAGGAUUUUAUUACCCCGCAUUACACACAUUACGAAGAACUCAAGAGACUUUUCGAUAAGUUGGAGACAAAUUAUCCGAAUCUCGCGAGAGUUCACUCCAUUGGAAAAUCCGUGGAGGGACGGGAUCUUCUGGUUCUGGAGAUAACCCAGAAUGUCGGGGAACGAGCUAAGGGGAGACCCAUGGUCAAGUACGUUGCUAAUAUGCAUGGAGACGAGUCUGUUGGGAGACAACUCAUGAUCUACUUGGCACAGUACCUCCUGGCUAAUUAUCAUAAUGACGAACGGAUUGGGAGACUUGUUAAUACCACUGACAUCUUUCUGAUGCCCUCGUUGAACCCAGAUGGCUUCGAAAAGUCACAGGAAGGACUCUGCGAGUCGAAGAGCGAUUAUUCAGGACGGGAGAAUGCCAAUCAUGUGGACCUGAAUCGAGACUUUCCGGAUCAAUUUGAUAGAUCUGCCAAUCAGUACAUCCGGGGUGGGAAUAUUGUCAGUGGCAGGCAGAAUGAGACCAUUGCCAUGAUGACAUGGAUCAACACUAUGCCCUUCGUACUCUCUGGGAAUUUUCACGGAGGUGCUGUCGUCGCUAGUUAUCCUUAUGAUUCCGGUAUUUUCCAGUCAUGCUGCGUUGAAAGUAAAUCCCCAGAUGACAACCUUUUCAAGCACCUGGCUCAUAUUUACGCUGAUCGUCAUCCAGUCAUGCACAUGGGCGAAUCGUGUCCUCCUGAUCGAUUCCCUGGAGGUGUGACGAACGGAGCUUACUGGUAUGAAGUUGUGGGUGGUAUGCAAGACUACAAUUAUGCCCGAUCAAAUGCCCUCGAGAUAACAUUUGAGGUCAGUUGCUGCAAAUAUCCAUCGGCUGACAUGAUGCCUGAACAUUGGAGAUUGAAUAAAGAGUCUCUCAUUAAGUAUCUGGAGCAGGCUAACAUUGGAUUCAAAGGAUUGGUUGUGGAUACUGAAGGACGUCCAAUAGAAGCAGCUCAGGUUGGAGUAGAUGGAAUAAAUCGUAACGUAACAACAACAAAUCAUGGAGAAUACUGGCGAUUACUUCUCCCUGGAGAAUACGAUGUGUAUGCCAGUGCAUGGGGAUACAAACGAAGUGAUUUUAAGAAAAUAAGAGUAGAGGUGGGCGGCCCAACAAUAGUAAAUUUCACUCUGAGUCCUCUGUCUUCCGAGGCGCAACAAGCCCAAAUGUCCCAGAAAAUCGAGGAGUACACAAGACCCCGCGAUAAAUACGGAUUUUACGAAGAGGUAAAAUUCAAACAUCACAAUUACACCGAGAUGGAGGCAUUCCUGAUGCAGCUGAGUGGAAAUUACCCCAGCAUAACUCGUCUGUACAGCGUUGGUCGUUCCGUUGAAAAUCGAGAGCUGUACGUCCUCGAGAUAACAGAAGACCCUGGAAAACACGAUAUUAACAAGCCAGAGGUCAAGUACAUAGGGAAUAUGCAUGGAAAUGAGGUGGUUGGGCGUGAGGUCCUCCUCCUCCUAUCGAAGUAUCUCUGCGAGAAUUAUGGCACCGAUACAAGGGCAACCCGGAUUGUCAACACAAUUAGACUGCACGUGAUGCCGAGCAUGAAUCCGGAUGGUUACGAAAUAUCCCAUGUGGGGGAUGUGGACAGUGUAGUGGGCAGGAAGAAUGCCCAUCAUGUUGAUUUAAAUCGCAAUUUCCCCGAUCAAUAUGGCACGGACGAGCUGAAUAAGCACCCGGAGCCGGAGACCAAAGCGGUUAUGAAAUGGAUCUCUGAAAUUCCGUUCGUCCUGUCGGCUAAUCUGCACGGCGGAGCGCUUGUCGCCAACUACCCAUGGGACGACGGUCCACUACAAGACGAACCUGGGCAAAACUUAUCACCAGACGACGCUGUCUUCAAGGCUCUCGCCCUGUCCUACUCUAUGGCCCACCCAAGGAUGCACCUGGGUAAACCCUGUCCAUCCCCUCCCGGAAGAUCCAGCGUCUUGGACGACGCCUUCCCCGACGGCAUCACCAACGGUGCCGCGUGGUACCCAGUAACCGGUGGAAUGCAAGACUACAACUACGUCCACAGUAACGCCUUCGAACUUACCCUAGAGUUAGGCUGCGCCAAGUUCCCCCGACCCGAGGACCUUCCCCGGUACUGGGAGGAGAACCGAGAACCUUUGAUGACGUUCAUAGAGAUGUCCAGGAAGGGAGUUCACGGGGUAGUUCGUUCCUCCAUUGGUGGUCCCAUCGCAAAAGCCAAGAUUGAGGUAAGCGGUAUUGAUCAUGUGAUCUACACCGCCGAGGAUGGAGACUACUGGAGGAUGCUGACGCCAGGGCGUUACAAUAUCACCGCUAGUGCCUACGGUUACGAAUCCUACACCCAAGAAGUCACCAUCAAGGCUGAAAGGGAAUCCAGAAAGGGAGAAGUAGUCCUAGACAUCACCCUGAUGAAGGACGACGACCAGCACUGGUCCUCAGCUUACGAUUUCGCAAUCCUGAAGAACUUGAGAAAAGGGUACUUGAGUAAUGGGGCCUUGAACAUUGCGAUGGGUUCCCUGGAGUCCCAGAGGCCGGACAGUAUUGUCGAGUUCGAAGCUGGAGAUUCGCUGGACAGCAUGGCAGUGCACUCCUUGAAGAUAACGAGGAAUCUGGGGGCCCCAGAGGAGAACAAAAUCCACAUAGCUCUGGUGGGUGGUCUGUUUGCAUCGCAGCCUGUUGGAAGGGAGAUGUACCUCCGUCUGGCGAAUCACUUGGUGAAGGGAGACGCCAUCGGGGAUCCCCCCAUAGUGAGACUUCUAGACAACGCUGUCUUCCACAUUAUCCCAGGGUUGGACGAAAAAUUUGAUAAGGUCGACGAUAGCUGCAAUCCUCAAGUCCCUGACGAAAUUGGAAAGCAGUUGCUGGCUGGAGGGGAUAAGGAUCCUGUCACCAAAGCCUUCAGGCGAUUGCUGGCAUCACAGGGAUACGAUAUCGUUGUUACCGUCAUUGGGGGCAGCAUUGGUGUCAGCUAUACCGAGGAUUACCUCAACGUCUACAAGACGCUAGCAGAGAGUUACGAUGCUGCCAUGCACAAACAGAGCUGCGAUGCUGACGACAACUCCAGUGCUGUUGGCGACUACAUAAUGAAGAAUUACAAGAUCCCAGUGGUGGCUCUGUCCCUCUCCUGCUGCAAAUACGCUGCUCCCGAGUCACUUCCGUUAAUCUGGAGGGACAAUCUAGCACCACUUAAGGAGUUACUCUUUGGGCUGACCACUGGAGUUCGAGCUGAGGUUCGAAAUAGUCGGGACGAGCCACUUCGAAACGCUAAAGUUCAGAUUGGAACUGAGGUUUAUCCGGUCACCAAGAACAUGGCGUACUUCAUCAGGGUUCUGAACCCUGGGAAGUACUCUCUGAUGUUCUCCUGUGAUAAUUACACCACCAAGACUGUGAACGUCGAGAUCAAGAGCCAGGAGAUGACAGACGUCACAGUUAAGCUCGAGGAUUUGCGAUCCACCGGAUCCGUCGAACCUAUUUCCAAAGAACCUCUGGACAAUUUCCAUGAAGAGAACGAGGUGAAUCGUUCCCUAGAUGAAUUAAAUAAAAAAUACCCGAAGAUAACGGAAUUGAAGACAGUUGGGACCACCACCAAGGGCACUAAAGUACUUUCGAUUGAACUGGCAGCUAGGAAUGCUAAGCACCAAGUCACCAGUCGUCCCACUGUUGUCUUCUCAGCUGGGGUUGGCCAAGGGGCUCCUGUGACCUCACAAGUACUUAUCCACUUCGCGAAUCACCUCGUUAGUAAUUACCAGAGAGAGAAAAGUGUGACUGAUUUUCUAGAAAACUACAACAUCCUCGUUGCUCCGAAUUUAUUCCCGGACACCGGGGAAAACCUGACGUGUUCGGCUUCCUCAUCGGGUCUCAAAUUUCCGGUUCACGGGCCUAUGAGUGCAGACGCCGAGAUGAUAGCGGACUGGUUGAAGGAGACGAAAGCAGUGGUUGGGAUUAACUUAAACAGUGGAUCGAGACACGUGGAGAUUCCCUAUGGUUUCAAUGGCAAUAACUCUGGGGAUUUCAGCACCAAUGAUGACGACACGUUUAAUUAUCUGGCGUCGACGUACACCCGCAAUCAUCCGUCAAUGCUCCUGGCCAAUCAGAAGUGCCAGGAUGAUGUGAGGAUUGGGAAGAGUGGGGUCUCGCACAGCGGAGAGGCUCUCCCAGGUGGUAGGAGAGAUUCUCUCAUUGAUUACGCUUAUUUGAACACUAGUACUCUAAUGCUAGAUGUUUACGUCACCUGCUGCAAUAGCGAUCAUCCGGUGGAUGUUUGGGAGUAUAAUAAGAACAGUCUUCUGGCGGUGAUGGGGGCUGUGGACAAGGGAGUCACUGGAUAUGUGUUGAACGAGGGGGGCGAGGCCAUUGGGGCUCGUCUGUCUUACGACAAUUCGGUGCACAGGGUCAGGAACAUCGAGACUGGGGCCUUCUGGGUGCUAUUGCCAGCUGGGAGUCAUGCGAUCAAGGCUGAGGCUGAUGGGUACAUUCCAGAUACGAAAAUCCUCACCACUCCGGACAUCAAAAGGUUCUCCAAUCUCGUGUUCAUGCUUAAGAGAGAUGAGAGCGUCUUCGGGCUGCCUAGGCUUGUGUUCGUCAUCAUUUCGGGGAUCGUCUCCGUGGGGAUCGUUGCGAUGGGCAUCUGCUGCUUUAUGAGGUGCAAGGCAGCUGGGCAGGACGAGACGAACAAAAGGCGGGCUUAUGCCUUCAGCCUGUUGAAGGAUGGGAACAGCUUCUUUGAUGAUGACGAGAAGGAAGUCGAGGUCUUCAAGAGACCCGGCGGUGGGGAGCUGGUGGUGGCGAAGGAGUUGGAUAAUACUAGACCGUAUUUCGAUGAGGAUGACGAGUCGGAGGAGGAGGGAAGCGAUCUGGAGUUCGUUAGGCCGGAUACCGAGUGGCUGGAGAAAGUUCCUAUUAUACAGGAUUAAGUGGAGUGAGAGGAUUGACUGUUAUCCGUCCGUUUUUCAUACAUAUCUCAGUGGGGAACAGGAGUGGUGAAUCAGCUCAAUUUUAGGACUGUUCAGUUUUGGUGAAGGACCCUGAAUCUAAGAGUGACAGAUUUUUUGGAAAGAUUUCCUUGCAGAAGGAUUUGAGAGAAAUUCUGUCUUUUUCGAUGUUGAGGUGUUCUCGGAAAAUUGGUAGAAGAGGAUAAUUCGAAUCAAUUUUUUUUUAUUGUUUUGUGAAUAUCUUCUGAGUAGGGGAGAUACCGACAUUUUCUUGAUGGAAGUUUCCGUAGAGAGAAUUGACAGCUAGGAAAAAGGUUUUUGUGAAGCAAAUUUCACCUUUUAAUUUCGAGAUAUUCUCGAAAAGCUGAUUUUGAAUUUAAAUUGAAUCAUUAGUGGUGGAUCAGGUCAAUUUUAGGAUCGAUUAUUUUUAUUGAAUAAAAUAUAAUUUGAUGUCUUUAAA